UUUUGGACUUCCAUAAAAGGCCUAAUCUUCUUUUACUCUCGGUUCUCUCGUCUAAUCUUCGUUCUCUCUCUGUCUCUCACUCUUUCUGCAACAAAAAAUCUCAGUAAUCUAACGCCAAGUGUUGAAAUCUUCACGACCUCCGACACGCCCAUUGCUUCAUUCACAGAUUCAGAUCUCCCUUCGUUGUGCAUAGCUCUGCCAGAUUUGCCUUCUCUUGUCAGUUCUCCUCCAAAAUCCAUCACUUUAAUUUCAACUGAAACCUGAUAUGCCACACCUGAUGGCCGACUCAAUUCAAUCUGAUCUCCAUUUCGGUCGGUGGCAUGUGUUUUUUUCUGCUACCCAACUCCAUCAGGUCAUGUCUGGACUGAGCCCAAGCUCGAACCGACCCGACUCGACCCGUGGACACUGAUAGGUUAGAAAUAUCUCAAUCCAACCGUUUAAAUUAUCUAUCUAACCAACCCAACUUGACACAACUCACUUAAUGAAUCUGCAUGAGUUGGGUUGGAUUGAGCAGGUUGGUGGGUCAACUAGUUUUUUUUUUUUUUGGUGCUCCUUAUAAAAUUUGAAAAUUAAAAUGAAAAUCCUUUUUCUUUUAUUCUCAAAAGAAAUGGAUUUUCAUAGCUACAUACUUUGGUUUCUCAGCCAUUUCGUUUCUCACUCUGCUUAUCACAAAUCAUAGAAACAAAAAACAACAACAAGAUAUGAUUCUCGCAGCAUCGACUCACUUUUUAAUCACUGUUCCGACAAGCCCAUCUCACAAUCACACAAAAAAAUCAUACCGGCUUCACUCUCAUACAACAACCUUGUCAAAAUCGAACCAAGUCUCAGAUUCCAAAUCCACCUCAAUAAUAUUCAAUGACCAAUCAAGAACGUGCGAGUGUUUCAAUUUGUACAAGGAGCUGGUUCCUUACGACAAGGCAUGGGAUUGGCAGAAACAAAUUGUUAAGGAGAAGAAGGCCUUGGUUGAGAAAAACCAAGAUUGCCAGGACACACUAAUCAUUCUACAGCAUCACCCUGUGUAUACAUUGGGCACAGCUAGUUCAGAAGAAUACCUUAAUUUCGACAUCAAGGAUGCUCCUUACGAUAUUUACAGAACCGAACGCGGCGGGGAGGUUACUUAUCCACACAUUCUAGUUAUGUACCCUAUUAUCAAUCUCAGAAAUCACAAGAUGGAUCUUCAUUGGUACCUUAGGGCACUUGAAGAGGUGGUCAUCCGUGUUCUUUCCUCGACAUUCUCUAUCAAGGCAUCUCGACUUGAGGGCUUUACUGGUGUUUGGGUUGGAGAUAAGAAAGUGGCAGCGGUUGGGAUACGAGUAUCUCAGUGGAUAACAUAUCACGGGUUAGCACUGAAUGUCAACACAGAUCUAACCCCAUUUCACUCAAUAGUCCCAUGUGGAAUACGAAACCGUCAGGUUGGAAGUAUUAAGGGGUUGCUAGGAGAAUUUCAGCCAUCCACUGGAUGUGGGAAAGCAGGUGUGCUUCAUUCCAAUGAUUGUCAAUUGAUUGAUAUCACUCACUCAUCUUUGAUCAAGGAAUUUUCAGAGGUUUUUCAGCUCGAAAUCUUUCAUAAAACCAUCCCCAUGCCUGAGUUUGAAGAUACGACACCUAGAAGGUCUUUCACAUGGAAACUAACCUGACAGAUUCAAUGCAACACGUUUGAAUGGAUCUGAUCAUGAAGCAAAAUUGUUAGUGAGAUACUCGAGUGUUUAUAGGAUUAAUGCUUUGUUGUUGUAGUUAUUGUUGUUUAGUUGAUAGAUAGGCCCAGCAGCAGUACAGUCAAGAGGAUUGUGCUUUAGAUUACUUAUUUUGUAAAUUAACUGUCAUCUAUAUGGUAGUUAACUUUUCAAAUUUAAUUUAAUGCAGAAUACAACUUGUUGCUAG